AUGGAGUUGCUUCCAAGAUCAAGCUCAUUUGAGUUGGGCAAUCCUGUUCUUGAGUUUGCCACUGACUUCAACUCAAGAGCUGAGUUUUUAUGGUCUCAUGGGUUGAUAUCAGACUCAACAUACCACAUUUUCACUUCAGCAUGCAACUACUCUCGAUACAUUGGAGAGUAUUACCGAGACUCUCUUAGUCCUACAUGUGAAGAAGUGGUGAACCAAGUGACUAAAGAAACAAGCAGCUUCGUCGGUAAGUAUGAUGUCACCUUAGAUGUUUGUAUCUCAUCGAUGCUCUCACAAUCCUUGGCUCUAAGUCCUCAACAUGUUUCAGAGAGAAUAGAUGUUUGUGUGGAAGAUGAGACGAUUGACUAUCUCAACCGCAAAGAUGUGCAAAAAGCUCUACAUGCUAAACUUAGAGGAGUGUCACAGUGGACAGUUUGUAGUAGGUAAUUGUGGCAAAUUUUC